AUGGCAGAAUUCGUUGAGGAAAACUUAGAGCGAUUAUUACCUUUUUUUGAAGUUUUGCAUUAUGGAGCGCUGUUUUCCAAAGGCGAAGUGAAUGAAUUCAUAAAGCGAUGUCGCAACUAUGAAUAUCGAAUUCAUAAAACAGUGAAAGUAUAUGCCGAUUUCUUGCUUUAUGCAGAUUAUUUGCAAUCAGCUCUUAAGCUUAUAAAAAUAAGAAGAAAAAAGCUGAAUUAUUUUGGUAAGCGUAAGGAAAUCGAAAAUAAUUUAUUAUCGAAGAUUGCUGAUUUGUAUAGGAUUUGUAGUGAAAGAUUCAAGGUUAUUUCUUCUUCCAACAUUACUUAUAAUCUUAUGGUUUGGCUGGCUGGCAUGGGUAAUAUGGAAAUUUGGAGGAAGCGAUUAGACUUUUUAAGGAAAAAUCGGUUAAGGAAUCGGUGCAGUAAAGCAUUUCUGCAAAUAGCACAAAUAUUUGAAUCUGAUUUCAAGCUUCGGGAGGAAGCAGCACUAUGGGAAUUUAAAGAAAAUGGUAGUAUUGAAAAUGCACGCCUUCAUUUACAACUUUGUUUACGGCGUUUUCCAGAAAUUAUAUCUUUAUGGACAACUCUUUUUGAAAUCGAGAUUCGGAACGCAAAAAAGAUGUCGAAACGAAGAGAAAUUUUGCUGAAAAGCAAAGAUGCAAUAGCUGAUUCACUUCAAAAGGGUGAUCAGAAUACUAUGUCUAAUGCAAAUGAAAAAAAUAAUGAGAUGGAUGAUCCUGUACUCAGUUUGAAAAUCGCUGAAUUAGUGGCAAAUCAAGCAAUAAGAUCUUAUAAAGAUGUAAAUGUGAUUAUUUAUGAAUUGUGGCGAAAGGCAAGAAGCUUUGGAAAAUUUACUUCAAAACUUGAGAAUUAUUUAUAUAAUAAGUUAUGGUUGCCAGAUGGCAUAUGUGAAGAAAGUUGGAUAGCCAGAUACGAACGUCAGUCUGAUUAUGAUGAUUGUUAUGACUUAUUGGAUGAGGCUUGUAACGCUUUCCCUACGGAAAAAAUGUAUCGUAAAUAUAUAGAAAUUUGCGAAAAGCGUGGCACAGCUGGAGAUGUUUAUGCUUUGUCUAAGCUGCAUGAAUUAUUUGAAAAGAUUUAUUCGGCUGGAUGGGCAAAAUCGGAAGAUUUUGAACGAUUGUUGGAUGCAGAAAAAGAUGAAGAGAGAAAGCAGAAAAUUCUGGAUGCUGCCUUGCUUAAAAAUCCAUCCUCAUCUAAAUUUUGGCUUGAGAAAAUUCAUUAUGCAAUUCAAACAGAGAAUGCCAAUAUUGAUAAAAUAAAGGAUAUCUUCAAUGAGGCUUUGCAAUUUGUAGAAGAUGACGGAAUGUUGGAGAUUUAUAAAGUUGCGAUUGAUUGGGCCAUUGCAAAUUGUCCUUUAGUUGUGGAUUCGCUCUUCGAUAGAGCGAUUCUUAUUUCAUCUGUUGAUACUUCUUCUGAGCUAAAGUGUUUGCGCUUGAGGUAUGCCAAAGUCCACAGAUUAUUUAUUGAUAUGGAAAAAAAACGAAAAAUACCGUCGAAGAAACUAAUUAUUAAAGCGAUGGAAAACUACGUCAAUGAUUUAGGAUACCAAGAAUACAAAUGUUGGAUUUAUUAUGCAGAAUAUUUGCUUGUUAAUGAUCCCGCUUUUUUGUCUAAAUUGCAUCAAAGAGCUAUUACAUGUAUACCCAAUUCAUUAUUGAAUGAUUUCAAUUUGGAAUGGACCAUAUUGAUGCAAAAGCGGUUUAUCAAUGAUUCAAUGAAAAAUAAGCAAACAAUUGCAAAAAAAAGGCGUAAAAUUAAAAAAAAAUCUCAAGUUACUAAUUAA